AGUAGAAUUUCUACUCUCUGAAGGGGUAGACCCUGUAGUUGUUAAAUGUUUGAUCAGUCUGUGUCACGAUUUUUAUAAACUCGGAGUAGUACUCUUUCAUUUAGCGAGACGGAAAAGACCACUACAAAAUAGAGGGAUAGUGUGUAACACCAUUUUCGGACAUUAUGGCGUCGCCAAUGCGUCGACCAUUACCUGCCCAUUUACCAAGACAAAAAGGUCAACCGGCGAGGAUAGAGCUGAAUGUUCUACGAUUGGACGAAGAUGGAAACAGUGUUUACGACGAGGACUUUGACCCUACGGUAUGUCACUGUUUUCCCACAACCAGCAGUCUGCAUAUUCCGUCCAUGCUCUAUGAUCAUAUAAACUGUCCUCACCACAACACAAAACACAUCCAACCUGCUCAGGCCCAAGUGUUUGCCUAUCCAUGGACGGCACUGACCAAUAAACAACGACAACGAAGACAGAAAUCGCCCGAUGCCGAUUCUCUUGCUUCGGGGAAACUGAGCAUCAUCGAAGAAGAACCACAGACACCUGUUGUUAUAAGAACUGCACCUCCCUUUGCAAACCCGUCACAGUUUAAUGAGGACAAAGGCGAACCACCGUUCACUGCUCCCGCCUACUCCAGAUGGGAAAGUCAUGGCGGAAGAAAUAUGCAACGAUCCCAAAGUGUGCCGUCCCUAACCGGUUACCACCAACCGAGAACGCCCCAAAAUUUUCAUAACCCUCAAAUAAGCACGCCUUACGUUACCAACUACAAACGACGACCGGUUUCAAUUCAGGAUAGGUAUUUUGAUGGCCGCUACAUAGACCCAAAGGACGGGCAAAUUUACAAGUAUAACGUGAAAUACGGCAAAAAAGAGAUCGAAGCUAAUCGCAGACAAGACAGUGCCAUUAGGGAGGAACCGGAAGAAUACAACUAAUAUCCAAGUGAAUUCUGGCGACUUGCAUCCAUAUACUAAGUAACUGAAGAUCUUUUGUCUUUCAAAUGCAUUGUAUAUAGAAUGUAAUGCAGUUGUAUAUACUUAGAUAUUUAUUGAUUUGCAUAUAUUAUUGCAUGUGUAUUGUAUAUAUGUAUCGUAUUUAUUUUGAAUGAUAAAUCACCUUGGUUAGUCAGUU